AUGACUAGAAGAAGAAAUAAUACAACAAGAUGGAUCGUUUGGGUAGGAUCCAUUGCAUUGGUGGGUGGAAUGUUAAUAUAUUCUUAUUGCCAAAAUAAUAAUAAUAAUGGUAAUAAUAACAAAACCUCUAAAAAAAUUGAAUAUGAUACAAAAUACUCCAAAUGUUUUGUAGUGACAAAAUCUAUAAAGGAUAAAUAUAAUUGGAAUAGGGUACUCCAAGGAAAUUCAGUUGCCAUUCUUGCGCCCAAUAUUGAAAUUGGCACAAUAGAUGAAAAUUUGAAACAUAAAAUAGUUGUUUGUAGUUUAGAAGAUAGUAUUUGGCCUGUUAUAAAGCAUCUUAAAAAGGAUUGCCUAAUUAUUUCCACUGACGAUUUCAAAGAAAUACCUAAUGAUAUACCGAGAUUUGUCAAAAUUAUACUAGACCCAACAAUUGAUAAUGAAUGA